AUGCUUCUUUCUUUCUUUCCUUCUUUCUUUCUUUCUUUAUUUCCUCCAUUCUUGUUCUUUUUCUUCUUCUUCUUCUUCUUCUUCUUUUUCCUCUUCUUCUUAUUAUUAUGCUUCUUUCUUUCUUUAUUUAUUUAUUUAUUUCUUCCAUUCUUGUUCUUCUUCUUGUUCUUCUUCUUAAUAUUAUUAUUAUUAUUAUGCUUCUUCUGUUUCUGCUUCUGCUUCUUUCUUUCUUCUUCUUCUUCUUUUUCUUCCUCUUCUUCUUAUUAUUAUGCUUCUUUCUUUCUUUCUUUCUUCCAUUCUUUUUCGUCUACUUCUUCUUCUUCUUCUUCUUCUUCUUAUUAUUAUUAUUAUUAUUGCCGUUAUUAUUAUUCUGCAUCUUUCUUCUUCUUUUUCUUCUUCUUGUCCAUUCCUUUCAUAUUUCUUUCUGUUCGUCUGCAUCUGCUUUCAUUUCUUUUCUUUCUUUUGUCGAACUAUUUGAUUUCUUUAUUUCACCAUCAUUCUUUUUUUUCUUUUUCAUCUUCUUAUUUCGUGCCUAUUUCUCUGCUACGUGCCAUUCUUUUUCCUUCCUUUUAUAAUUGGUUCGUUCAUUCUGCCUCGAUGUACUUUUCCUUCCACUGUGACAUGUUCUUUCUGUUUGUCGAAUUAUUUAUUUUCUUUCUUCUUCUUCUUCUCCUUCUUCUUCUUCUUCUUCUUCUUCUUCUACCAAUUAUUUAUAGACGCUGA